AUGGCCCAAAGUAAAAGUGCUGCGUACGAUUAUUUACUAAAGCUUUUACUGAUUGGAGAUAAUGACUUGUUGCACCGUUUUUCGGAUGACUCUUUUACUCCUCCUUUUAUCACUACUAUAGGAAUUGACUUUAAAGUUAGAACCAUUGAUGUGGAUGGUAAACGAAUCAAGCUCCAAAUUUGGGAUACUGCAGGCCAAGAGCGUUUUCGUACCAUUACCACAGCCUACUAUCGUGGUGCUAUGGGUAUAGCUUUUGUAUAUGAUAUUACCAAUGAACGAUCUUUUAAUGGUAUCCUUAAUACUUUUAAGAUUUUUACAUCAUUAAAUGAAACUUUAUAUAUUUUUGUGAUCACUAAGGAACAAGGUCAAAAACUUGCGGAUGAAUUUGGAAUCAAAUUUUUCGAAACCAGUGUUAAAGAAAACAUAAAUGUUGAGGAAGCAUUUUUUACAUUAGUCAGGUUUGAUUAA